GUUGUGUUUGUCCUUCACUUGAGAUCACAAACAGUGGUCUGAGUUGUGAUUGUUUUCAGUCAUCGAUGCCUUCAUUGCAUUCACUGAUUGUGUUUUUGUAUCACUUAUUAUAACUGCAAUUCAAUUGACAUUUCACUGCAAAAUGCCAGCCAUUGAGCACUCAUUUGAUGACAAUAUCACAAACAAUAACCACAACAACACGGAAGAAGCGAUGGUUGUGUCGAUCCUUCACUUCAACGACUGCUAUAACGUUGAGCCCCGAAGUGAAGAGCCGUCCGGAGGGGCCGCCCGUCUCGUCACCGCUUUCCACACAUUCAAACACUUGAAUCCAUUGGUUCUCUUCAGCGGAGACAUCAUCGCCCCCUCCAUCAUGAGUACUUUCACGAAAGGCGAGCAAAUGGUUCCUGUGGUCAGAGCUCUGGGCAUCGAUUGUGCCAUUUAUGGCAAUCAUGAGUUCGAGAACAACUUCGGAGUCGACAAUCUAUUAUCGUUUGUAAGUCAGACAUCAUUUCCAUGGCUUAUGAGUAAUGUCUUCGAUAACGAAACGAACCACUUCGGAGUCGACAAUCUAUUAUCGUUUGUAAGUCAGACAUCAUUUCCAUGGCUUAUGAGUAAUGUCUUCGAUAACGAAACGAACCGUCCGUUAGGGGACGGAAAGAUUUGGCAUAUUCUCGAGAAAUGUGGCAAAAGAUUUGGAAUAAUAGGCUUAAUAGAAGAGGAAUGGUUGGCAACAUUGGCCACUCUGGCCCUCGAAGAUGUCACUUAUCUCGACUUUGUCUCUGAGGGCCGCAAAUUGGCUAAACUUCUCAAAGAAAAGGAAAACGUAGAUUUUGUGAUUGCAUUGACACACAUGCGAACCCCCAAUGAUUGUCGACUCGCAGAGAAUGUCGAUGAAAUCGAUUUAAUCCUUGGCGGACACGAUCACGACUAUGAAGUAAAGAUAGUUAAUGGCAAAUACAUUGUCAAAAGUGGUACCGAUUUUAGACAAUUCAGUCGAAUUGAUAUCACAUUCAAAGAACAAACGUUUGAAAUCCAAGUGCAAGAAUUUAAUGUCAAUUCUUAUGAUUACGAAGAAGACUUGGCAUUAAAAGCAGAACUCGAGAAGUAUUCGGAUGUAAUUGAAGGCAAAAUGGAUAGCAUUUUAGGCCAUAUUAGCUGUGAUUUGGACGGAAGGUUCGCAGCCAUAAGAACUAAGGAAACAAAUUUAGGCAAUUUAGUGGCAGAUAUAAUGCUGGCCUCCACUCACUCAGACCUCGCGAUUGUCAACUCCGGAACCCUCAGGAGUGACCAAAUUCAUAGCAAAGGUCCCUUCAAAUUGCGAGAUUUGGUCACAAUUAUGCCAAUGAUGGACCCAUUGAUUGUUCUCAGCGCCACUGGACAUCAAAUAUGGAGGGCUCUUGAGAACGGUGUGUCUCAAUGGCCUCGACUGGAGGGUCGGUUUCCUCAGGUCGCGGGAAUUAAAUUUGCUUUCAAUCCCUCCAAACCCGCCGGCAAUCGGAUUGAUCCGAAAUACAUAAAAAUCGGUGACGAAUACCUCGAUUUGGAGCAGAACUACAGACUCGUCACUAAAGCAUAUCUAAGUCAGGGAAAGGAUGGAUACGAUGUCCUCAAGGAAUGCCAAAUACUUCAGAAUGAAGACGAAUGCCCUGAAAUGGUGACAUCCGUUCAGAACCAUUUCGAGUCGAUUAAAAUACUGACGAGUAAGACAAGGAGAACCCAUCACAGGCAGAGUCUGGUCUGUAUUUCUCGGCGCACAUCAGUUGUCAAAAUGCAUGACAUCGGAAGUCUGGACUUGGGAUCGAUGUCUCAGAGUUUUCAUGACUCGCACUCCAAACAUGAAAACACUCAACUCAGGGGUCAGAUGAAGAAAGUGAUGAGUUUGGACGGAAGGAAGUCCACACUCACCCGAUGCCCAUCUUUUGAGAACAUUGAGUACGAAUACUGCAAACUUGAACCCAGAGUCGAGGGUCGGAUCACUCUCUUGACUGAAGAGGUAAACGAAUGA